UCCAUUUUUCCCUUUAGACGUUCCAGUUGGAUAUUUGCAGUUGUAUAUGUUAGACGUUGUUUGUGUAUCGCGACUAAAAAUUUGAAUUAAAAAAAAAUAAUUGAAAAAACGAGCAUAAAGCGAAGUGUCGUUAAUAAAAAUCAUAAUUGGACUCGAGCCGACCAAUAUUCUUAAAUAUGAGUCAGCAAACCGCAAAACCUGGACGACGCACUCCACUCUCACUUGGCCAGCCCAAGGGUGAUGCGAGCGAUAAAAGCCAAAUUCGAACGGGCAAAGCUACAGUUAAUUUAGAGAAAUUGUCCACCGAUCUUCUGACAAAACAAGCGAAAAACGGUUCUGCAGAAGACAACAACAAAGCCGAAAAUGGGCAAAACAACGCUACAAACAACGGUGCAACGGCAAAGAAAGAUGGAAACGGCGUUCACAUCGAAGAGGCAAAUGACAAGGGCAAACUAACUGAUAAAGUUAAAGAUAAUAAAACUGCAUCGCCGAAAGUCAGUGAAAAAGUGGUCGAGAAAGCUAAACCUUCCAAUGAUAAAGUGCAAACUACGAACGAUAAGCAGAAGCCGUCGAUCGACUCUGCAAGUGGAAUAUCAAAGAUAGAGGAGAAGGCAGAUGCGAAAAAUGGCGAUAAGGAAGUUCGAGAAAGUGUCCGUCAGAAACACUUGCGAGAGGAAAAGGAGAAGGAGGAUAGUGUCAAAGUGGCUCCAACCAGUCAGACAAAAGUAGCCCCAUCUACACCUGACAAAAAUUCGGAAGCACCGAACGCAAAAGACAAACGAAAGCCAGAGGUGGCUACACCUACCAAAACUCCGAAAGCGCUUCCAUCUGAAUCGCUGCUCGCCGAAAAAUCGCUCAAAGGAUUUAACGAAAAUCUGGAAGAAGCCGAAUCCAGCAAAAUCACCGAUUCUCCGAUGCCAGCAAAAGAUUCAAAACUUCUGAAAUUCAGCCAAGCACCACCAAUGUCUGCAUCACGGAAUAAGCGGUCGGACAAACUAGAAGACGCUAGUUUGGUGGUCAACUUAAGCACGGUCAGCGAACUGAGCAACGAAUCGACCAACAAUUCAACUCCCGUUGAACGCAAUUACUCUCUACGUCAUAUCACUGGUCGCAGGAGCACUCGACCGCUACGCGAGAUAAGCUUCGAAUAUCGCAAACAUGAAUCGUAUUACAACAAGGAGCGAAACAACGAGACAGCCGAUUCCAUAUCGAACGUAAAUGUAACCAGUAGCUCGGAGAGUCCACGCGUCGGAGGACAAUUUAAGCGAACUGUCGACGACGAUGAAGUGAUCAGUCCGAAACGAUCGAGAUUCGAUUUUGGUCUGCUCGAAUUCGUGUCCAGUCCGGUUAAAAAAUUGGGCGAAAAAUUUUCAAGAUCGCGAUUGUCCACCAGCACUCCAAACAAAUUGACCGCAAUCGAAGUUAUUCCAUCCGGAAUCGAGGCCGAACAUUUUGCUGCAGAAGACGACGACGAAAUUGCGCCCAUUGAAUUGAAUGCAGUCGAUGAUGUCGUUGAAAAGAAAAUGGCAAUUGAUACAGAACUUCCAGCGGAAGAUGAGGCGCCCAUUGAAGUUCACGAACCGAGUAAGAGUCGAUGUAGCGUAAUGUAAAUUUCCGUCGUCAAAUUUAUAAAUUUAUAUGAUUUCUUUAUGAUUUAAAUCUCUUUUUCUUUCUGUAUGGUACAUGAAAAUUUUGUAUUAGAUUUUGUCACACGUGACAUUUUCGUCAAAGAGUAUAAAUGGAUUUUAGUAAG